AACACGCCACAGAGAACUAUUAUAAAAGCAAUUUACAGCACAUUCAGAGUGAGAGGUCAAAGAAAUAAAUAUAUAUUUUCCCCUAUUGGCUGAAGCGCAUCAAACAUUUCACUUGCAGCGAAGAAUAUGAGUUAACAGCUCACGAAAUAAAUAGCGCAGCGAGUAAAAAGUUAAAUAAAUGCGCCCAUCAAAUAACAAAUAAUUGUUGAAAUACUAAUUCAAGCUGCGUAAUGAAAUCGAGAGGAGAAUAAAGGCCAUCAAAAGUAUCUAGUCUAAUUUAAACUUGGCAGUAUGACACUCACGAAGCAACGAGAACACGAUGUCAUGGCAAAGAGCGUUCGCUUCAUCAAAAAUCAGCCUAGCGACAAUCUAUUUUUGUUAUACUCAGCGGUUACCAUGAAUAUUUUUCUUGCGCGUCGCGUUUUUGAUAAACGCUCAUUGUUUCCAGUUCGGAUUGAAUAAUGAUGCCGAGAAGACAGCGUUUGUAAUUGAGUAUCCGGUUCCCAUUCUCGAUAAGACUCACCCGCGAAGAGCGUUCGGAAGUGAAGGCGCAAGUUAACCAUAAGAAUUUCGCUUGUAAGUUAGUAGAAUAACAGCUGUCAAGAUGCGUAUUCAUAAUUCAUAUCGGUUAAAUUAAAGUAAGACAGGAGAGAGAUGAAUUAAACAGAGACAUCCUAAUGCAGAGUUGUCACUUCAAUUAUGACCGGACGUAGAUCCUUGGACUCAAAAAAAAAAGAGCGCGCAUCGACAGAAAAAUUGCCUAAUUCUCCAAACACGUAGAACUGCCUCGAGGAUUCCAAAAGUAAUUCGAUUAAAACAACCAAGCCUUAUCAUGUUGUGAAAACAUAAAUAUUGCACGACUUGGAGAGACGCUUCACUCAGUUAAGUCGAACAAAAUAUAUCAGUGCGGCGAUGGAAAUCCUCGUCGCUAAACAAUCUUGUUUCUUUUUCUACGAUUCUCGGCACAGUUUUGAUCAGGCCAGGCUCCGCGGAAGAAUUUUUGAUCAGUUUUGCCGCAGUAAAAUUAAGCGCUGGCGUGAAGUUCUCGCCGCAUCACCUGCUUGCCGAGUAUAAUGAGGAGGAAUUAGGAAUCAAGGGACUUGUUGAUGUUUUUUUUUAAGUCAAUAUGAGUAGCAUAUCUUUCUCCUAUCCUACUCCAGCCUUAACUAGAAUACCUUAAGUUACUAAGCACCAGCAUCGAACAAAAAACACGAGCAUCGGCAGGAAUCACUCUGGGUUGAAAUAGGAAUACUGUAUCACCAGGGGAAGAUCUUUCAAGAGAAAAAUAUUCAAUAUGUAUCAUUGAAAAAUUGUUGAAGAAAGGUACUUAUAAAUCGAACGGUAGUAUUUGUUUUUCCGUAUUUUGCAACAGUAUCCACAAAGAGAAAAAAAAAACUUUCAAGAGCGAGGCAAGCGAAUGAUCUUUGAGGAGUUUUAAAAACGUUUAAAAGAAUCGUUGAUGUGUAUAUCCCUGAUGAUAAACAAACUCCUCUUAAACGCAAUGUACUUAAUACUUGUAGUUUGAUGCCGAUGGGCUGAAAAUGUGACCAGAAUAAAAAUAUAAAAGAAAAGAAAAAGGGUACGUGUAGAUUUGUUGAAAUUCCACCCACUGUAACAAGCACGGGACGUCAUUUUAUGCAGGGUUGCCCAUUCUCCUGGAAACAGUAUUUAUAAUGCAUACAAAAGAUUAUUUCAUCAAAGGAAGUCUAACAGACCGAAACAAAAGGACUCUUUUCGUGGCUGCUGCUACGAAACAUGGUACUUGGCAGAGAUUUGGAAACUUGUAGCAGGUGUGUUCGAGUUGGAUUUGCAAUGAGAGCUUUUUUUUUUUUCACACCCAAACCAGUACCAGUAAAGUCACGUGACCUGCCUGAGUCGGCCUCAUUUGAUAGGCCACUUGAUUAUAGACUCGGCUUCUAAUUAGCAUAUGGUGUCAAGGCAAGAAGGAAACCCAAAAGCCCGUGUAUGAUUGAGUCGCUUCAAGGCGGCUAGUAAUUCAAUGGCUAGGAACGAUUUUUCGUGUCGCAUGAGCGCAUCAAAACAGUCAUGAAUGACGCUUGAAAACAGCCUAAAUCAAGAAAAAUGGCAGAUAAUCGAAGGCCGUCCUCAGUGCCGUCAGAGGACUUCUACAAAACGCGUAUGGCCAACUCGGCGAACGCUUCGCGUAAGUCUUCGAUGCAAGCUGGUACUGAAGCGACGAAUAUCGUAUGUGCAAACCGAUCACUCUUUAUCUUCUCAAAGGACAAUAUCAUUCGAAAAGUUUGCCGCACGAUCGUCGAGAGCAAACCUUUUGAAUAUUUCAUUUUAUUGACCAUCUUUGUCAAUUGCAUCCUCCUCGCCGCUAACACUCCACUGCCGAAGGAAGACAAGUCCGAUCUUGACAGAAAACUAGAACAAGCCGAAAUAUAUUUAUUGGCAAUAUUUUGCCUAGAAGCUCUAUUAAAAGUUAUAGCUCUUGGGUUUAUAUUACACACUGACUCGUAUCUACGGAACGGAUGGAAUAUCUUGGAUUUUGUCGUCGUUGUAACAGGCCUUUUGAGCUUGCCACAACUAAGAGUGUUCGAAGCUGGAAUGCUGAAGGCCCUGAGAGCUGCCAGAGUGCUGCGGCCACUGAAACUUGUAUCAGGCAUUCCAAGCCUUCAAGUAGUUAUGAAGUCCAUCAUGUGUGCAAUGGCACCACUUCUGCAAAUUUGUUUACUCGUAGGAUUUGUAAUCGUAAUUUAUGCAAUCAUAGGAUUAGAAUUUCUUGUUGGAAAAUUUCACUAUGUGUGCCAUAAAAAUGUUUCAGGUGUCUGGCAGAUCGAUAAUGCUGAUGACCCACAAAUUUGUGAUGUAGAUGGCAAGGGAGUAAUUUGUCCUGAUUCUCAAAAGUGUCAAGAAUACUGGGAAGGACCAAAUAAUGGAAUCACGUCAUUUGACAAUAUAUUUGCUGGAUGUCUAACAGUGUUUCAAGUAAUUACCAAUGAGGGUUGGACAGAUGUAAUGUAUUGGACAUUCUAUGCCUAUGAUAGACAUGGUUACGCAUUUUGGAUAUAUUAUUAUUCCCUUGUUAUAAUAGGAUCUUUUUUUAUGCUCAACUUGGUUCUUGGUGUUCUUAGCGGUGAAUUUGCUAAAGAGAGAGAAAGAGUUGAAAAUCGUAGGGCUUUUCUCAAAGUGCGUAGAACACAAAAGAUGGAGAGGCAUCUGCAUGGUUAUAUAGAUUGGAUUAGUAAAGCAGAGGAUCUAAUGUUAGAGGAAGAAGAGGAAGAAGAUGGAAAUGUAGACUUGUCAAGAAGAAGAAAUCUUGAUAGAGUGGAGGAUGGAGAUGUAGCAAUGACUUCUGUUGUGCUUACAGGACAGUCAGGAAGAAGGCACAGAUUGAACACAGGAAAAAAGAAAAGUUUAUGGCAGAGAUUUCUCAGGAAAAACAAACGGUGGAAAAUCCGUGUUAGACAAGUGGUUAAACAUCAGGCUUUUUACUGGACUGUACUUAUAUGUGUUUUCCUCAACACAGUAAUCACUGCAUUACAACAUUACAAUCAACCCAAGUGGCUUACAAAGUUUCAAGAUGUUGCAGAGAUUGUGUUCAUCACUUUCUUCUUCUUUGAGAUGAUGCUGAAGCUUUAUGGUCUUGGUCCUCAGCUGUACUUCAAAUCUCAGUUCAACACAUUUGAUUGUGUGGUUGUGUGCUGUGGUAUUAUUGAACUAAUUAUUUCAAAAGCAGAAGGAACAAGCUUGGGUAUAUCUGUACUUCGACUCUUGAGGCUUUUAAGACUUUUUAAAUUUACCAGGUAUUGGUCCUCUUUGCGCAACUUGGUGACAUCCCUGUUAAGCAGUGUCCGAUCCAUCCUCAGUUUGCUGUUCCUUCUCUUCCUGUUCAUUGUAAUUUUUGCUUUACUGGGAAUGCAGAUCUUUGGUGCAGGCUUCAGGGAUCUUCCUGGAAGAGAUGCUAAUCCUAGAACGAAUUUUGACAAUUUCUGGAAUGCUGCAUUAGCUGUUUUUCAGAUCUUAACUGGGGAAGACUGGAAUGCCGUAAUGUAUGAUGGCGUCUUGUCACAAGGAUACCCUGAGAAACCUUUUGCUCUGGCUUCGGCGUUGUAUUUUGUUUUACUCGUUGUACUUGGAAAUUAUACUCUUCUUAAUGUAUUCUUGGCCAUUGCUGUGGACAACUUGGCAAAUGCUCAGCAACUGAGUCAGGACGAGGAAGCAGAAGAAACUGCAAGAGAAGAAAGGAAAAAAGAAAUAGUUGAUCAGUACCGAGAUUAUGGCUCUCCCGGGCCGAGCCCAGGACGCAAUGGAGAUGCGAGAAGGGGUUUUGAUGAAGCUGGACCUACUGAAGAUGAAUUCGAGUCAGAAGCUGAUGAUGGCCGACCAUCAUUUCUGAGCAAUCUUAGAAACCCUGGCAGAAUGGUUCCCCAACAAAAGCCAGGAGAUACUGUACCGAUCAUAAACACUUGGUCCUUAUUUCUCUUCCCACCUGGAAAUCCGGUACGGAAGGCAUGUCACUGGCUGGUGAAUUUAAGACAUUUUGACAACUUCAUCCUGGUCAUCAUCCUCAUCAGUAGCGUCUUAUUGGCUCUUGAAGAUCCAGUUUACGAAAAUUCCAAAAGAAACCAGGUGCUGACGUAUUUUGACUAUGUAUUUACCACAAUAUUUGCAAUGGAGGUGAUUGUCAAGCUGAUUGACUACGGAGCAAUUCUUCAUCCUGGCUCGUACUUCAGAGAUGCCUGGAAUUGUAUCGAUGCCCUGGUAGUAUCCUGUGCCAUAGCAUCGCUUGUGAUGAGCAAUCAGGAUCAAUCCACUAUAAACCCACAGUCUAAGAAGAUAGUGAAGGUUUUGCGAGUUCUCAGGGUUCUUCGGCCUCUCAAAGCGAUAAACAAAGCCAAGAAAUUGAAGGCCGUCUUCCAGUGUAUGGUGUACUCGCUGAAGAACGUUCUCAACAUUUUAAUCAUCACUUUAUUGUUUCUGUUCAUCUUCUCUGUUAUUGGAGUUCAGCUUUUCCAGGGAAAAUUUUUCAUGUGUGAUGAUCCCUCGAAGAUGACUCAAGAGGAGUGCCAAGGAAAAUACUUAAGUUACCCCGAUUUGACAGACAUGUCCAACGUUGAGGUCAAAGAUCGAACAUGGGAGUUACAAGAUUACAAUUUUGACAAUGUAAUCAAUGCAAUGUUAGCGCUGUUUACGUCAUCUACAGGAGAGGGCUGGCCAGCACUCAUGCAGGCCUCUAUCGAUACAACAGAAGUCGAUCGUGGACCGAUCGUGGAUAACAAUGUUCAGAUUUUGCUCUUCUAUAUUUUCUUUGUGGUGGUUUUUUCGUUUUUCUUCUUAAACAUUUUCGUGGCUCUUAUCAUCCUCACUUUUCAAGAACAAGGCGAAAAGGAUCAGGGAGAAUGUGAACUGGACCGGAAUCAGAGAGACUGUCUUCAUUUCGCUAUUGUGGCCAAACCUUCCGAGAGAUUCAUGCCGGAAGAUCCUAACACGUGGCAGUACCGCAUAUGGACGAUCGUGGAUUCUAGACCGUUUGAGUAUUUUAUCAUGUUACUCAUUGCUCUCAAUACGCUCAUCCUAACUAUGAAGUUUCAUAAUGAGCCUCCAGAGUAUCGAUACGUUCUAAACACGUUCAACACAGUCUUUACCUUCAUGUUUACUGGAGAGGCUAUCUUGAAAUUGUUUGCCUUCCGAACGAAUUACUUCCGAGACAACUGGAACGUUUUUGACUUCAUCAUCGUCUUGGGGAGUUUGUUGGACUUUGCUCUGUCGCGGAUCCAGUCUGAUGAGAACCAGAUGCCUUUCGAUCCCAGUCUCUUCCGUCUCUUCAGGGCGGCUAGGUUGAUCAAGCUGUUAAGACAAGGUUACACAAUCAGAAUAUUGUUGUGGACCUUUCUUCAAUCAUUCAAGGCUUUACCUUACGUUGGCAUGCUUAUUGGUCUUCUGUUCUUCAUCUAUGCGGUCAUCGGCAUGCAGACGUUUGGCCAAAUCAGCAUUGACAAUGACGAUCGUGGUGGUAUGUGGGGAGAGAUUAACUCCAAUAAUAACUUCCAGUCAUUCCCAGCAGCCCUUCAAGUACUCUUCAGGUCCGCAACAGGUGAAAACUGGCACGUCAUCAUGAAGGCUUGUACAAGUGAUGCAGACUGUCAACUGACCGACAAGAAAUGUGGCAGCCCGUUCGCGUAUUUGUACUUCAUCUCCUUUAUUUUCUUUUGUUCUUUUCUGCUUUUGAAUCUCUUCGUGGCUGUCAUCAUGGACAAUUUCGAGUACUUGACACGUGAUGAAUCUAUUCUUGGUCCACACCACCUGGACGAGUUUGUCCGCGUGUGGUCUGAGUUCGACCCAGGCGCCACAGGCCGCAUCAAACACACAGAAGUAUGUCAGUUGUUACGACAAAUGUCUCCUCCAGUCGGAAUCGGGAAGAAGUGUCCUAAGAUAGUUGCUUACAAACGCCUGAUCAAAAUGAACAUGCCGCUGCAUUCUGACAACACGGUCACCUUUACUGCUACCCUGUUUUCCCUAGUGCGAACGUCCCUCAAAAUUAUGACAGAGAAAAAUAAUCUAAAGGAGAACGAUAAGGAAUUGCGAGCCAUGUUGAAACGUGUUUGGCCCAAACUUACCAAGAAGACACUGGACAGAGUGGUGCCCAAACCUCCAAGUCUCAUCAACAAUGCGAAUCAAGUGAACCAGCAGCCACAGAUGACAGUGGGUAAGAUCUACUGCGCCAAACUCAUCUACGAAAACUAUAAGUUCAUGAGACGGAAAGGACAAGCUCAAUCAAGGGAUUCUGACCAGGGAACUGUUCUCAGUCGAUUUGUCGGAGGACCAAUGUUCCAGAAAUUCCGACGAGAUAACGACCCCGAGCUAGGAGAGGGAGUUCCGAUGAACGACAUAGCUAUUAGCUUAGCUGAUGGACCAUAUCACUCGGGUUCGGCACAAGCUUUGUACCAUCCCAAUCAUCAGCCUAAUGAUAGCCCAUCCCGCCGUUACCGUCAAAACACUCCAAUUGCUCACCGAUCUACGACUUCGUUGAACGAAGGACGCGGUCCGGGUGUAACGACGGCUUUAGUCGGCCCCCACCGUCGACAAUUGCCUCAGACUCCCGGCUCUCGAAAUGGCUCGCAGCUCUCCUUGACUGGCAAGGCACCAGCGUUGCCAGAAAACCGGGGCGACAGUGUACUGGAAAAUGGCUAUCAUCCCAAUAUGAACCAGCACAUUGCCAUGGCGAUACGAAGUGGGCAAAGUCCUUAUGCAAUUUACGGUUUAGAAGAAAUGGGCGACGAAGACGACUGGUGCUAGCAGUUAAAAUCACGUGUGAACCACGUGCUAAUAAUUUGAAGGACAUAAACUACCUCCAUUAAUUUCUGUGGCUUGGAACAUUCACAUGCUGGUGUUUUGUGCUGGUCGCAUGAUUUUCACGUGAUCAUUUUGGUACUUCGAGCUUACUUUUGAAGUUUAAAACAUUCAACGUGGCUAGAAAUUUAUUCAGAGUAAAAAACAGAAGGAGAAGACACCUCCUUUCCGUCAGCCUUACUUCAGAGGGAAGGAAAAAUUAUUGGUGCCUUUUUAAUAACCAAGUUUUGUAAGCCUCACUGUGCCGAGAUGUAUCAGACUUCAGCCAAGAAGUGGAGGAAAAUAUACACUCUUUGUUGAAGCCAAUUUAAAAUAUAACAGGGAGAUAUGGAACUCCAGACAGAAUAAUUAAGUGUAGGUACUCCACUACACAAAAACCACGCAAAUUUGUUUGCUUUUGAUAACAAAUUUUGCAGCUUUUCUUGAAUUUUUUGUUGUUGUUUACCUAUUUAUUCGAUAAUGGUGACAGUUCAGAUGCAUUAAGGCGUAAUGAACAGGCCAAAGUAUAUCUUGAUUUGCAGAAAAAGCGAUAGAUUACUGAAUGUUAGCAUAACAAGUGAAGCCCGCUAAAAAAGAAGGCGUUUCCCUCGAUAUUUUCCGAUACAGUUAACACUCCCUUGAGUGUUAUCUAAUAUUUUCAGGUAGACAAGGGCUUUUAACCUGUUUAAACUUAUUCUCAAUCGCUGAUGAGUUUGUUUUGAAACGGUUGCAAUUUGAGCCUCGGUCGUGUUAUUCUUGCGCACUUUGAAAGACGCCGUUGAACGCAUAAGGUGGUUUGUAAACGUGGCUACGCUGAGACCAAACUGAUUGACAACAGAAACAGUAAAAGGCUCCAAAGAAAAACAACGCAAGCUUUAUGGAGCACGGAUACACUCACGAAGUAACACGACUCGCUGAUUGGUCAAAAGGAAGAAACUUGUUUACUCUGAUUGGUGGUCAGUCUGUGCCCAUCAGAGGGCUCAGAAUUCGAGACUUAGAAAGCAGAGUCAGGUGACACGGUCAGCCAAAAAUUGGCUCAAUUUUGAAUUAGGAAUGUGUCUGUGAAGUUUGUAAGUGGUAGCGAUGUACAAAGGGAAACGAGAAUCGUUUUAGCGGCUGUUUUCCCGCACUUUAUUGGCACAUAUAAAUCGAAUGGAAUUUUCAACACUUGUUGAAAACAGAAUUGGAGGAUACAGGUCUUUUCGCGCUUUGAAGCACAAUUUUAGUUCAGGAAUAUCGCUACAGAAUCUUCCCACUAAUAGCGAAAGUUGUCAUUUGCCUUUCUGAUGUAGCUAUAAAGUUAAAAAAUAACAAUAAUAAAUCAAAAAUGAAUUGAAAGUAACGAAUCAUCGCUUUUGGCAAAGUUUUCAGUACGCUAGCGAUUUGUUUCUUGCAUUGCUGUUGGCAUUUUUUGAGUUAGAGUUCUUUUUAUAAUGAGUUAUUCCACUUUUAGAGAAAUAAACACACAGAGCCGUGACGAAUAUUAAUUUUUUAACUGUUAUUGUCAUUAUUAUAAUUACCUUUGAUAGAAGAAAUUACUCGUCAUAAUAUAUUAAAAAUCAGUUAUAGAAGAUUCUUAUUCUGUACUCAGUGCAGUUUAUUUAUAAUAAUAUUAUUGUAAAAAUGACUUAUUUAUGGCUACAUUGCUUUUGAAGCACACACUUCAUAGUUUCAAAUAAUGUUCUUAUUGUACAUAAAGCAAAUAUGUAAUGAUUCUUUCAGACACGAGUAAAUUCAGAUUUGUUUUGGAGAAAGAAUAAAUUGCUACAUUGUGACACUA